AAAAUAGAAUUUGGAGGUAGUUGUUAGUUGUGUUGUGCUCCCUGAGUAUUCGCAGGUCCGUAAGCCGAAACGGCAAUUUCUCCAUCAUAUCCUCUUUUUUCAUUUUCAUUUCCAUUUCCACUUCCAUUUCUAUUGUCAUUCUCAACUCUUGAUCCCAAUCACACGCACUGAUACUACAAAUAAAUGAACAAGAGAUGGCAUGGGGUUGAUCAUUUUCUGUGUAAACGUUAGAUAUCAUCACUGAUUCCACUCAUCAUCACAAGAUCAUCAGUUUCCUUAUUCAGCUCUCCUGAGCUUAAUUGUGAAGUAGAAGAGAAUAUGUCCAGUUUCGUGGGUGUAAUCGUCUCUGAUCCUUGGCUUCAGAGCCAAUUCACUCAAGUCGAGCUGCGAGGCCUUAAAUCUAAGUUUCUCUCGGCAAGGAACCAAUCUGGGAAGGUUACAUUAGCAGAUUUGCCGCCAGUAUUGGCGAAAUUGAAGGCGGUUACUGAAUUGUUAACAGAGGAUGAGGUCAGGGACAUCUUAAGGGAGGAGUCUUCUGAUUUGGACCAAGAAGUUGAUUUUGAAUCCUUCCUUAAGCAUUAUUUGAACCUGCAAGCUCGGGCCUCAGCUAAAGUGGGUGGUUCUAAAACUUCCUCGUCGUUUCUCAAAGCGACUACAACUACACUACGACACACAAUUAGUGAAUCCGAGAAGGCCUCCUAUGUUGCCCACAUCAACAGCUGUCUUGGAGACGAUCCAUUCUUGAAGGAUUAUCUCCCCUUAGAUCCAUCAAGCGAUGCUAUCUUCGAAUUGGCAAAGGAUGGCGUUCUUCUAUGUAAACUCAUAAAUGUAGCUGUAGCUGGUACUAUAGAUGAGCGAGCCAUCAAUACUAAGAAGGUUCUAAAUCCAUGGGAGAGGAACGAGAACCAUACCCUUUGCCUCAAUUCUGCAAAGGCAAUUGGGUGCACUGUGGUCAACAUUGGCACUCAAGACCUAGUUGAAGCUAGACCUCAUCUAGUUGUUGGGUUGAUGUCCCAAAUAAUCAAGAUACAAUUGUUAUCUGAUCUUGAUUUAAAGAAGACUCCUCAACUUGUUGAGCUGGUGGAGGAUACCAAGGAUGUAGAGGAGCUUAUGGGAUUACCUCCGGAGAAAGUUCUUCUGAAAUGGAUGAACUUUCAUCUGAAGAGAGCAGGAUUCGAGAAGCAGGUUACAAAUUUUUCCUCAGAUUUGAAGGAUGGAGAAGCUUAUGCUCACUUGCUCAAUGCACUUGCCCCAGAACUUGGGACGAACACAACAUUGGAAACAACAGAUCCCACUGAAAGAGCAAAGCUGAUCAUUGAGCAAGCUGAAAAACUAGAGUGUAAAAGAUAUGUUACUCCAAAGGACAUUGUUGAGGGAUCACCAAAUCUAAAUCUUGCAUUUGUUGCUCAAAUAUUUCAACACAGAAAUGGACUAUCGGUGGACCAGUCGAAGAUAUCUUUUGCUGACAUGAUGGAAGAUGAUGCUCAAACUUCACGGGAAGAGAGAUGCUUCCGGCUGUGGAUUAACAGCCUUGGGGUUGAAACCCACGUCAAUAAUUUAUUUGACGAUGUCAGGGCAGGAUGGGUUCUACUCGAAGUACUUGACAAAGCUGCUCCUGGGUCUGUAAACUGGAAACAGGCUUCAAAACCUCCUAUUAAAAUGCCUUUCAAGAAACUUGAGAAUGCCAACCAAGUUGUGAGUAUUGGGAAGGAUUUGAACUUCUCCCUCGUGAAUAUAGCUGGAAAUGACAUUGUGCAGGGAAACAAGAAGCUCAUAUUAGCUUAUCUGUGGCAGUUAAUGAGAUUUAGUAUGCUCCAACUGUUGAAAAACUUGAGGCUCCAUUCCCAAGGAAAGGAAAUUGGAGAUGCUGACAUACUGAACUGGGCAAACGAAAAAGUUAAGAGAUCUGGUAGAAGUUCCCAAAUGGAAAGCUUCAAGGAUAAAAAUCUCGCAACUGGGAGAUUCUUUCUUGAACUUUUAAGUUCUGUGGAGCCAAGGGUGGUCAACUGGGCCCUAGUUACAAAGGGCACAACCGAUGAAGAUAAGAAAUCAAAUGCAACAUAUAUAAUCAGUGUUGCACGGAAGCUUGGAUGCUCCAUAUUCUUAUUGCCUGAGGAUAUAAUUGAGGUGAACCAGAAGAUGAUGCUGACCUUGACAGCGAGCAUCAUGUACUGGAGCCUGCAGAAGAAGACGGGAGGAGAUACUGAGCCGCCGUCUCCCAGUCAGAGAAAUGAGCCGCCGUCUCCUAGUCAGAGAAAUGAGCCGCCGUCUCCUAGUCAGCGAACUGAGCCCCCGUCUCCUAGUCUGCGAACUGAGCCCCCGUCUCCUAGUCUGCGCAAUAACCAACCACCACCAUCUCCGAGAGGUGGUGAUGUCUAGUUUGUGGACUGAUGCUGCUGCUGCAUCAAGUACUGACGUUCUCCAAGAAGUUCAACUGAUCUAGCACAUUUGAAAUUUCUUUGGAGUGGAGAGUUGAGAUUUAGGUUCUGGUAGGUAAAUUCAUGAUAGAGUAAGCAAGAAGGAAGGAGACAGAGAGAAAUACAGUUCCUUUAAGUUUAAUUUCCAGUAGAAAGCAGCUGCAUUGUUUGGAUGCAGUUGAAGUGGGGAAACAGUUUUGUAUGUCACAUUCAUGUUGUUAUAAUGCAAAGUUAUGGCUGCCUUGAGCACUGAUUUUCAUAUAUAUAAAAAUAUGUUUGGUUUUUCA